UCCUAUUGUUCUUCAUCACAAAACAAGGAGCAAACGAUGGCGUCUCUAAGCUCUUCCUUGUUUUCAGUACUUUUGGUACUCUUGCUGUCAGCUUCGUUGGCAGCUUCAGCUUUAACUCAAGAACAAUUCGUCCAAUGCCUCUCUGUUAAUUCUCAGAAUAUUUCCAUCCCACUAGCCACUGCUUUUUUCGCCCCGGACAAUUCUUCCUUUACCACUGUUCUUGAAUCCUCUGCACAAAACCUCCGCUACUUGGUCCCUUCAGCGCCGAAGCCCGAGUUCAUCUUCUUGCCUGUGCAUGAAUCGCACGUGCAAGCAGCGGUAAUUUGUUCCAAGAAGCUCGGAAUACAUCUCAGAGUCCGCAGCGGAGGCCACGACUAUGAAGGUCUGUCUUAUGUUUCCCAAAUGGAGUCACCUUUCAUUAUUGUCGACCUGGCAAAGCUUAGAUCCAUAAACGUUGAUAUGGAAGACAAUACUGCGUGGAUUCAGGCGGGUGCAACUAUUGGAGAAGUUUACUAUCGAGUUGCUGAGAAAAGUGAAGCUCAUGCCUUCCCGGCCGGCCUUUGCACCAGCUUAGGCGUUGGCGGGCACAUUACCGGAGGCGCGUACGGUCCCAUGAUGAGAAAAUACGGCCUUGGUGCUGACAAUGUCGUUGAUGCACGGAUUGUCGAUGUUAAUGGCAGAAUUCUAGACCGGGAAACCAUGGGAGAGGAUCUUUUUUGGGCUAUUAGAGGUGGGGGAGGAGCAAGCUUUGGAAUCAUUCUUUGGUGGAAGAUAAAGCUUGUUUCUGUUCCCCCAACCGUAACAGUUUUCACUGUUACUAAAACCUUAGAACAAGGCGCAACAAAGCUCCUCUAUAAAUGGCAACAGGUUGCCGACAAGCUUGAUGAGAAUCUCUUCAUCAGGGUCAUCAUUCAACCGGCCAGUAUUGCUGGUUCUAAAAGUGAGAAAACAGUAACAACUUCUUAUAAUGCUCUGUUUCUCGAUGGCGCUGACAGGCUCCUCCAAGUUAUGCAAGAAAGCUUCCCGGAGCUGGGUUUGACACCAAAAGAUUGCACCGAAACAAGCUGGAUUAAAGCCGUGCUUUAUAUCGCCGGGUACCCAAGUGGAACAUCCCCUGAAAUUCUUCUCCAGGGGAAGUCGACAUUCAAGAACUAUUUCAAAGCAAAAUCAGACUUUGUCAAAGAACCAAUCCCAGAGACUGCGCUGGAGGGGCUGUGGGAGAGGUUAAAGCAAGAAGACAGCCCUUUGAUGGUAUUCAAUCCAUAUGGGGGAAUGAUGAGCAAGAUUUCAGAAUCUGAAAUUCCUUUUCCUCACAGAAACGGAACCUUGUUCAAAAUCCAGUACCUGUCUUUAUGGAAAGAUGGGGAUAUGGACAAGGCGAAGCCGCACGUGGACUGGAUUAGGAAUCUCUACAAUUACAUGGCUCCUUACGUUUCGAUGCUUCCGAGGACUGCAUACGUGAAUUACAGAGAUCUUGAUUUGGGGAUGAACAAGGGAAGCAACGCCAGCUUAACAGAGGCAAGUGCUUGGGGAAACAAGUAUUUCAAGGAUAACUUCAACAGAUUGGUGAAAGUAAAGACGAAAGUCGAUCCAGAGAACUUCUUCAGGCAUGAACAGAGCAUCCCACCUCUUGCACAGGCAGAGUGAAGAGGGUAGUGGUUAGUAGUUUGAGCGUCGAAUGAGUUUGAUAUGUUGGUUAGGUAGAGGUUUGUUGGGGCAGUAAAUUAGUAGAUAGGCUGGUGGAGUUUCCUUUGUAUCAUCAAGCAAUGUGGGUAUCACAAGGAGUAAGUGAAAGCUUUUGUUGGUUUUUCCACAAACUUCGUCGGUUGCUCUCUGUUUCUUGCUCAUUUUUUGUUUCUUUGGGUGUUUGUUUGAAGAUAUAAACGACUAAAUUUGUAA